AUGAUAUAAUUAAACUGAACAAGAAAGAAGAGAGAAAACAGUAUUCCCCUAAAAUGAAAAGAGGGCUUCAGCAGAAUCGAACUCGACAGUUCAGGACACAAGGCUCCAAGUGGGGAAUCCAGCAGCAGAAAGGUUACGGUAAAAAUCGUCUGGGACGCAGAAAGAAGGUGGCAGGGAAGAAGCGUUCUUACGGAGUUAUAACCGGCUUGGCAGCCAAGAAGGCAGCGGGCUCACGCAAGGGAAUCAGUCCUCUGAACAGACAGCCCCUUAGUGAUAAGAAUGCACAGCGGAAUUAUCCAGUUUUGAAAAAGAAAACAAACCUGCAGAGACAAUCUGAAACGCAGAGAAAACAAGCUCCAGCCCUCAGGAGGCCUACCCCACUAAACAGAAGAAUUGGAAACAAACUAAAUCAGCAGAAAGACACUCGUCAAGCAACUUUCCUGUUUAGAAGGGGCCUGAAGGUGCAGGCCCAAGUGCAGCCAACAGAUCAUCUCGAUAAUCAGACAGUAAAGAGAACUCGUCAAUGGCGAACUUCCACCACAAGUGGAGGGAUUCUGACCGUGUCCAUUGAUAACCCUGGAGCAAUCAUAACCCCAAUUUCCCAGAAAUUGCGAUUAACUCGUACUGCUGUGCCACCAUUUCUGAUGAAGAGGGACCAAUCUGAAGAAAAGAAGAUUCCCAAAGGGGUUCCAUUGCAGUUUGAUAUUAAUAGUGUUGGAAAACAGACGGGGAUGACGUUGAAUGAACGUUUUGGGAUCCUGAAGGAACAAAGAACAGCGCUGUCUCAGAACAAAGGAAGCCGUUUUGUAACAGUGGGCUAA